AUGGUCAUAGGAAGAGAGGAUAAUUAUAAUUUACCACUUCAAUUCAAGGCCAAACACCAUAUAUUGUCAUAUGUUUUAGUUUCUGAUCAGCAUGCUCAUUUGCAAGUUGCAGCUUCUGAACUUCUUGAAAUUGUUAAAGUGCAAGCAAUCAUCGGACCAGAAACACCACUCGCAGCAAAGUUCUUAAGCAUAUUAGGAGACAAAACCAAGGUUCCUAUUCUUUCAAUAACUGCAAGCCCAUCAUUCAACUCAGUUGCACAUCGUUACUUACUUCAAAUGACACAAGAGGAGACCAUCCAGUGGAAGGGUGUGGCAGCCAUUGCUGAAUCAUUUAAAUGGAAAGGUGUAAUCCUUGUUCACGAGGACAGUGAAUUUGGGAGAGAAAGUGUAGCAUAUGUAAUUGAGUCUUUUCAAGAAAAAAACAUUCAUAUAUCAUAUAAGAGUGCGGUUUCUUUAUCAGCAACGGAUGAUCAUAUAGUUGACGAGCUUCGUAAGCUCUCAGAUUUGCAAGAAACAAUAUUUAUCAUUCAUGUCCCUCAUUCUAUAGCAUACCGUCUUUUGGUAUAUGCAAAAAGGAUGGGAUUGAUGACCCAAGGAUAUGCAUGGAUAGUAACAGAUAAGACUAUGAACUUCUUUGAUCCUGUGGAGUUAGACGUAGAAGUUCUUGAAGCAUUUCAAGGAGUUUUAGGUUUGAGAUACUUUAUCCCAUCAUCAAAUCAAUUUCAUAACUUUUCCAGAAGAUGGAGAAGAGAAUCUCUCUUUAGUAACCCAAAUAUCUUUAACGCAUUGGCAUAUGAUGCAAUAUUUGCAGUAGCAAUGGCGGUUGAAAGGGUGGAAAUUAGACAUUCUAAAAAUAGAAAAAAAACUGAUGUAGGGAUGUCAAUGAAUUUCAGAAAUAUCAGAGUAUCGGAGAGCCAAAUGCUUGUUUUCAAAGAGUUACUAAGCGUUAGAUUCAAUGGGUUGAGUGGUGAAUUUCAUUUUGUAAACAGGAAAUCCAUGGCUAUGCCAUUGGAAAUAGUGAAUGUGAUCGGAAAAGGUGAGAGGAGUGUUGGGUUUUGGACGGAAGAAGAUGGCAUAACCAUGUAUCUGAAGUCUAAGCCAAACCAACAUCCAUAUUCUAUAAGUGGUCUUGAACGCGUAAUCUGGCCUGGAGAAUCUAUGAUUCCUCCAAGACGUCUGAUUUUGCAAACGCGUAAAGAGCUACGAAUUGGUGUUCCUAUGCAUACUGGAUUUGAUGAAUUAUUGAGCGUCGAACACAAUCCUCACACGAAUGCGACCAUUGCCAAAGGUUUUUGUGUAGAUGUGUUCAAUGCUGCACUAGACGCACUACCAUAUAAAGUACCAUACGUAUUUGUUCCAUUCUCUAUGGCUAGAAGGCCGAAUUCAGAAUCUUACAAUCAACUUAUAUACCAAGUCUAUCUUCAGAAUUAUGAUGCAGUUGUUGGGGAUACCACGAUUACCGCCAAUAGGUCCUUAUAUGUUGACUUCACUAUUCCUUACACCGAUUUAGGCGUUGGAACGGUAGCAAGAGAUAAUCAUAAUCAGAGAAAGCUGUGGUGGUUUUUGGAGCCCCUCGAUACACAUAUGUGGGUUGCAACUACUUGCUCUUUUUUCAUAAUUGGAGCAACAAUAUGGGCAAUAACUUUGAAACAGAAAGUCUGUGCUGCUUUGAGUUCCAUGUUAACGGUUCAGCAAAUUCAGUUAACACGAAGGGGAAUUAACAUAGGAUAUCAGGCUGGCUCCUUUAUUGAAGGGGUUAUCGUUAACAACUCGAAUUUUAAGGACCCAUCUCUUCGAUCCUACUAUUCUUUAGCUGAAUAUGCAAGAGCGUUAGAAGGAGGAAACAAGAACGGUGGUGUUGUAGCUAUUAUGGACGAGAUCCCAUAUCUCAAGCUAUUACUUGCAAAGUAUGGCAAUGCCUACCAUUUGGUCUCAUAUGAACCCAGUACUAAUGGGUUUGGUUUUGUAAGUUCGUUUCUUCGCUAA